ACCAGCAAAACCUAGAAGUGUGGACUGGAUCAUUCCAGAACUGGGGUGUCUCGUAAGACACCUCCUGUCAUCACCCUGGCCGCUGGGGAGAAGCCCCAAGAGCUUCUGUCUCUUUAACCCCUAUUCCCUCUUCAAACCUUUCUAGAAGAAUCAUUUUACCUUCUCAGCCUGUAUUAACCACAGAAAAAUAUUUUUGAAUUGUACUAAACGUUACGGGGAACAAAAAGGAAAUAAACAAAGAGCCGCCAGAGGUGUAAAAACCAGUCUGGUUUCAAUAGCAGUUUCUGAUCUGUGAUAAUCAGGCGGCGCCAGUCCCCGAGGCUGUCACCACCUCAAAGGCCCGCUGCGGGCUUCCUGCCCACCCGUCCAGGCUCUUUCUUUAGUGUCCGGCCUACUUCCUGCCCCACUCUGGAAACUCUGGACCCCUUCAUGUUCAAGGCCCAAGAUGGAACGUCACUAAUUCUGAUCUCUCAGUGCUUUUGAUUCCCUCACCCCUUAAUUUCAAUUUACCACCUUAGAUGCUGAUUGGUAGGCCUGUUAUGAUUGAUACAACCAUCUUCCAAUGAUUGAACGCCGAGCUUUCUCUGUGGUGGUGGGGGAGCCGGGGGCAGGGCGGUUUCAGGCUGAAGGUGGGUUGUUGAGGGUACAAAGAUACCAGAAGGGUCACCAUGGGGACAGACAGCCUCGGUUCCUUCUGGGCAGUGCUUCUGCUUCCCCUUGUGUUCGGAGUUCCAACAGAGGAGCCCACCUUUGGGGAAUCUGCGGCCUCCCAUCUCAGCAAAGGCUGCCGACGAUGCUGUGACCCUGAGGAACCACUGUCCUCUGCUGACCCUGUCCAAGGCCCUGCUUCCCCCCACUUCCCCUAUGUUCUGCCCGAGGUCAGGCCCUACAUCAACAUUACCAUCCUGAAGGGUGACAAAGGGGACAGAGGUCCUCCAGGAACACCAGGGAAGCCAGGCAAAGACGGUCCCCGAGGGGACCGGGGCUCUCAGGGUGUCAAAGGCAACAAGGGGCAGGCAGGCAACCCUGGCAGCUCGUGCCAGGCGCACUACUCGGCCUUCUCUGUGGGUCGCAAGACAGCCCUGCACAGCAGCGAGGACUUCCUCCCUCUGCUGUUCGACAGGGUCUUCGUGAACACCGACGGCCACUUCGACAUGACCACUGGCCGCUUCACGGCCCCCCUGCGCGGCCUCUACUUCUUCAGCCUCAACGUGCACAGCUGGAAUUACAAGGAGACCUACGUGCACAUCGUCCACAACGAGCAGGCGGCCGUGAUCCUCUAUGCGCAGCCCAGUGAGCGCAGCAUCAUGCAGAGCCAGAGUGUGAUGCUGCCGCUGGAGCCCGGGGACCACGUGUGGGUGCGGCUCUUCAAGCGGGAGCGGGAGAACGCCAUCUACAGCGACGACGUGGACACCUACAUCACCUUCAGCGGCCAUCUGAUCAAGGCGGAGGACUGACCUUCCCGGACCAGUUUCGCCGCUAGGGGAGAGGUGGUGGCUAGGGCAGGUCCUGUAGGUUCCCCCAGGGCUGGAUUAUUAGCAUCACUUACAGUCUGUCUCCGCCCCCUCCCCUCCUGGCUUCAUUUUUCAGAGACUUAGAGUGACUCUCCUCACACACUACCGUGCUUUUCAUCCCUGGGGACUUCAUUGUAUGGUAGAUUCUGGCUUGGCAUUUGGGGGUGGACCCAGGAUUCUGCAUUUCUAGCAAUUUCCUCAAUAAUGCUGAUGCCGCAGGUCUAUGGACGGCGCUUGAGGAAUUGGGCUCCCUAGAACGUUCCUAGCAUUCUAGGGACUUCCCAAACAUUCUGGAAUUCCCCCCCCCCGCCGGAAACUCGAGGAUUGUUGCAUCCUCAGGUCUUUUCCUUACCCUGGGCCCAACCCCUGCCCCUGCCCUUUUUGCCCCUCCCCCAGCCUCUUUUCUAGUCACUGUUCACGUAUGCAUCCAUCAAAUUCUGACUGCUCACUUGGUCCCAGGCCUGAGGAAAACAUAGGCUAAUUAGACCUAGGUCCUGGCCCUCCCCUGGCGAAUGCCCAGGAACCUGGACAGAGGUUGCUGUGUGCUCAAGUGGGUACAAAGACUUGAGCACUUCCUGGGUGCUCCUCUAAACUGGGUGCUUAGGCAGCAUGGGCCGUUCUUGACUGCUCCCGUGGUGGCCUGGGUGCUGGAGUGGGAUAAUGUCCUUUUCACAUUCUUUACCUUCUUGCCCGAAGCCCAGCGUUAAAGCAAACCCUAGAUAUAGUCUUGGUUAGGAGGAGACCCAGGAAUUUGGAGGCACCCAGGGUAAAAGGGUGCCUGGACGUGAAUUGGAGCCCAUUCUCCUCCCUGAUCUUUGAAGACUCCUGCCCUCUUUGCCUGUUUCCCCAGGACUUUAGGACCAUGGUCAGACCACGUACUAGGUGCUCUCUGACCCUCCUGGCCCCUCAAAAGCCCAGUGUUACACUGGGGCUAAUGAAGGUGCUAAGGACUCCCAGGAGGUGGCUUCCGUUUCAGGUCUUCACCUGCCUAUUUGCCCUAGCAGACAUCAUGGGGAGUCAGGCAGAGGUGGUAGGUUUCAGCCCAAAGCAGGUCUAGGGACUGAAGCCAGUGACAUUCAGGUUACCUGGGGGCCUUCUCUGAGCCAUGCUGCCAAGGCAGGCCCUGGGGAAGGUCAUGGAGAAGCAGGAACACCGAGACCCCCCAUGCCUUUCCCAGAGUGUGUGGCCUGGUGGCCCCUCUAACCCUCCCCUCUUCCACUGUAGGCUGCCCAAGCUUCUCAGGGGAAGGUGGCCUCCGUCCAUUGGUGCUUCUGCAGACCCAGGGCAGGACUGGUCCUGGGCAGGCAUCUCUGGUGCUUACAGUCAAGGGAGCCAUGGCAGGGUGGCAAAGGCAAGGCCUGCCACGUGCUGUGAAGGCUGGUUCAACAAAACCACACUCAGCCCGACUGUCCUUGCCUGCUUGGCCAGUGUGAAUAAAAUUACUGGAUUCUCUUGGCAA